UGUCAACACGUGAACAUGUGAUGGAGACAGACAAACAUUCAGCAGGUGACCCUGGGACUCACGGAGGUCAUGCGAGAGCUUCGCAACCGGGAUGUGACGACACUCGUCGAGCACUCGGUGUCAUGGCGCUACCUGGAGUGUGUCUUCUCUCGUUCACCUCGCUGGCAUGCGUCCUUCAGGUCCUCGGAAAAGCAGACGAAAAACAGAAACAAAAAAUCCAGUGUUUCUGCAUGUGCCGGCCGCACAAAGCGUUUUCCUGCGUUCCAAGCGAGCAAAUCACUUCUUUGUGGAGGAGUUCCUGCAGGGCAACCUGGAGCGGGAAUGUCACGAGGAACGCUGCUCCUACGAGGAGGCCAGGGAAUACUUUGAAGACAAGGGCAUGACGGACAAGUUCUGGGACACUUAUCUGAAUAAGGAUGAGUGCAAACCCAACCCCUGCCUCCAUGGUGGGAAUUGCACAAAAAAGGCCAUCGGCUUCCACUGCUCCUGCCCGCCCCCCCACCACGGAAUCACAUGCCAACUGGAAGACCCGCUAGACAGCCAGGAAAACGAAAGAACCCUGCAAUCAGCGCCGCAAGUGGUAGCAGGAGGGUUCCCGUGUCCCAGCGAAGGCCCAAAUGUUUGUCACCAGCUGUGCACGUCGACCUCUUACGCCUUCACGUGCUCCUGCGUGGCAGGAUUCAAACUGCAGAGUGAUGGUCGAAGCUGCCUGCCUGAAGCGGACUUUCCCUGCGGAAGACUCCCAAUCUCGCCUCAGAGAGCAUCCAUGUGUCACCAUGGACACUGUCCCUGGCAGGCAUUGCUGCUGGGAAGCGGCGGGACGGAACUUUGUGCCGGUGUCUUGUUGGGUCGGCGCGCCGUCCUAACUGCUGCCAGCUGCCUCCUACAGGAAUCAGACCCUCAGCCCUCCAAUUUUUUUGUCAUCGCUGGUGCCACGGAUAAAACAAUGUCCGUCAAGGCUAUCCAUCUUCACAAACGUUUCGUUCUCAACCGGCACGACAACGAUCUGGCCUUCCUGGAGCUGAGCGGCCCGUUGCCUCUCGGCCCCUUCCUACGCCACCUGUGUCUGCCCACCAAGGAUUUCAGUGAAAACAUCCUCAUGUAUUCCGGGAGAACCGCGCUGGCGGCAAGCAUGAACCGACACCUGGACCAGAAGCUCAUCUACCUGAGUUUGGACGAGUGUCGCGGCCGGCUCAACGUCUCGCUCGCCCUCAGCAAUAAAAUGUUCUGCGUGAUGGGACGGACUGGAAAAACAGUGAUGCAGUCAACCAAGACUGUUAGUCGCGACGGAUUAAGAUCAACGGCUCCGCAAUGUGGCGGCGGCCUGUUGUCCGCUAUGCCUCUCGCCACGGUGGAACGAGGGACGGCGUUUCUCACAGGGCUGCUCAUCGUGCCACCUAAAGGCUGUCAGGAGAACGGGCUGGUCUUUACCAAAGUGUCCCGACACCUGGUGUGGAUCAGACAGCACCUGGAGGCCGUUCAGUCACAUGACCAAACAACCUAACAGUCCAAAAGAAACUAAACUGAGACGACUCAUGAGUGGACCCGCUCACCUUCUGGUGUCACAUAUUUGAUCAUCAAGGAGCUCCUCUUCUGUAUAUUACGAGCAAAUCCAUUAGUCACUGGCCAAAUUGUAGUUUUCAUCCUACACACAACAAAUUGUUGGAUAACUCUCGAAAUCAGAAGUCAAGGACAACAGUUUGUUCAAUCUAGUUUUUAAAUCUGCUUGUUUGCAAUAUGCAUUUAAAAGUGAGCUCAAUUUGUAAUUGUAUGGAUUGAAACCUAAGUGAUGUGCUUAGCGGGCCACAUAAAAUGAUGAAACUUUUGAAGGACUGAUGGAGAUUGUGGUCCGGAAGAGUCAAAAUGGUGAAAUGUGAAUAGCCUUUUUUCUUUCCCCAAAACUGAAGGAAAGAAAAUAUUACCGUGAAAGAUGUUCCUGCUCUGUUUGAAUCCAGACAAUAAAACCUGAACAUUAAAUCAA